AUGUUGCAGCCCAGGUUACGAUUACGGCCCUCCGCCGUCCUCCUCUCCACUCUAGCCCGCUCCGAAACCCGGACGCCGGCCGUCCGUCGAUGGGCCUCCCUCCUUGUACAUCAGCACCUUACCGGCUCCGGCCCCGGCGCCUUUGUUCCCUAUGACGACGCCGACGCUGCUCAGGAGAAGCUACGUUCUCGUCUGCUUGCCUGGAAGACCCUUCCCGAUGACGAACCGCCCCGGCCGCAUCUUUUGUCCUUUGAAGCUACCCCGACCCUGACCCUCGGCCGCCGUCAAACCGACCUGACAUCAACCCAGACCUCACGCUUCCGUGCACCCCUCCGGGUUGCCCUCCCGCACCGCCGUGAUGCCGUCCCUGAGCAGACCUUUAUCCCCGAUGUGAGACAGACGGCCCGUGGUGGGUUGACUACCUACCACGGUCCAGGACAGCUCGUGCUGUGGCCGGUGCUGGAUAUGCACUCGCCGCUAUACGCACGGUACUCUGUCAUGUCGUAUGCGGCCCACCUCGAGGCCACGACGCGGCGUCUGCUGGCCGACCUGUUCGGCCUGCAGACAUACACAACCCGCGACGAGCCCGGUGUCUGGGUCCCCACGCCGGAGGGGCAGCCGGCGCGCAAGAUCGCAGCCAUGGGAGUACAUCACCGGCGGCAUGUCACAGCGCUAGGCAUCGCCGUUAACAUUGAUGUACCCGUCGAGGGCCCCGAGGAGGUGAAUCCGUGGGCACGGUUCGUACCAUGCGGCCUCGAGGGCAAGCUCGUCACAUCUGUAGCUGCAGAACUAGGAGGGAGUCUAAAAGAUUGGGACAUGGCAUCUUUAGCAGCGAGGUGGGCAGAGCUGUUUGAAGAGGGCUUGAGGGAUGAGACCAAGAGAGAUGUAGAGGGAGAGGUGAAUUCGGGCCUUCGUCGAGCAGUGACAUAG